UCAUUUUACUAUUCUAUAUCACCCAAAUCCCAAAUUCACAAUCGAACGGGUUGUACCUUCUCCUCCGGUGCACCACCUGCAGACGAUCCCACUCCUCCCUUUCUUCCUUUCCUCUCUUCUUCUCCUCUUCCGCCAUUUCUGCACUAAAUCAGAAACCUCAACUUCAAAACUUCAACAUCGUAAAAAGAUCCGAAUGAGGGAUUCGAAUCUGGAUUUGCAGGAAUCGGGUUGGGAGGAACUUCGCAAGGAAGCGCGUAAGAUCGAAGGCGAUCUCGACGUCAAGCUCUCUUCAUACGCCAAGCUCGGUGCUAGAUUUACUCAAGGAGGUUAUGUUGAUGCUGCCUCACCACCUGUUGGGUCCAGUAGGUCUUGGAAAUCCAUGGAAAUGGAAAUCCAAUCUUUGCUCGAGAAACUAUUGGACAUAAAUGAUUCCAUGAGUAGAUGUGCUGCAUCUGCUGGACCAGCUACUUCUGUAACACAAAAGUUGGCUAGGCACAGAGAUAUUCUUCACGAGUUUACCCAGGAAUUUAGACGUACCAAGGGGAAUAUAAACUCAAUGAGGGAACAUGCAGAGCUUCUAGGUUCUGUUAGGGAUGAUAUUUCCGACUUUAAGACAUCUGGUAGUAUGUCACCAAGGAUGCAGUUAUUACGUGAGAGAGCCGCCAUCCAUGGAAGUACGUCUCAUAUAGAUGAUGUGAUUAGUCAAGCUCAAGCCACAAGAGCUGUCUUGGGUUCUCAGAGGGCCCUGUUUGGUGAUGUUCAAGGAAAAGUGAGGCUUCUUGGAGACAAGUUCCCUAUUAUUCGUAGCUUGCUCGGUUCGAUAAAAAGACGAAAGUCAAGGGAUACUCUUAUUCUUUCAGCAGUCAUUGCUGCUUGUACGUUGUUUCUCAUCAUUUACUGGCUCUCUAAGUAACAAGAAUUUUGUAACGCAAAUAAUGAAUUAUGGUACUUUAAUUCAUUGAAUUUUUCUGCUUCUUUCAAUGUAUUUAUAUAAUUUAGGGAUGAGAAGAGUAAUAUAUAUUUUUUAUACAAUCUACAUUUGUCUAGGAGCUUCA